AUGUGUCGCGAGGAUACAGUCUCUUGGUUUAUCGAUACAACUCGGGAGUUCGGCGGGCCAGUGCUCGGGAGCUCCGGUCCCGAUGCUUUUUGCGAGGCGGACGCGAGCGCCGCGCGCCGAGAGGGACUCGGCGCGACCACUACGAAAAUAAUCACCCAAACUUGGGACCGGUUUCAGGCCGCAUCUCGUCCUCCUCGCACGAGGCAAAAUGAAAAAAUAAUAAUAUUCCUCGGCAGACUAGUCGUGCCGAUAGUGCUCAGAUGGGCCGCCGAGGAGAUCGCUAGCGAUGUCGACUAG